AAGUCUACAACGAGGUGGCGUCUCUCCUCUUUUCCGCCUCCCCAACGGGAAAGCGGAAACCUGGGCGAGUUGUCCGUUGGCGCCGCCGCCGGCGAGCUCGCGCACGGCCGCCGCGGCAGUACGGGAUGGCGGAGGCGGGAGUGGCGGCCGCCUCGCUCUUCGGCGCCGACCGCCGCCUCUGCUCCGCCGACAUCCUCCCUCCCGCCGAGGUGCGGGCGAGGAUCGAGGUGGCGGUGCUCAACUUCCUCGCGGCGCUCACCGACCCGGCCGCACCGGCCAUCUCCGCCCUCCCGCUGAUCAGCCGGGGCGCCGCCAACCGCGGCCUGCGGCGCGCGCUGCUGCGCGACGACGUCUCGUCGGUGUACCUCUCCUACGCCUCCUGCAAGAGAUCCCUCACGAGGGCCAACGACGCCAAGGCAUUCGUUAGAGUGUGGAAGGUGAUGGAGAUGUGCUACAAGAUUUUGGGGGAGGGGAAGCUGGUCACCCUGAGGGAGCUGUUCUACACGCUCCUCUCUGAAUCGCCCACCUACUUCACCUGCCAGCGGCAUGUCAACCAGACUGUUCAAGAUGUCGUCUCGUUGCUCCGGUGUACGAGGCAGAGCCUGGGGAUCAUGGCGUCGAGUAGAGGGGCACUGAUUGGGCGGCUUGUGGUGCAGGGGCCGGAGGAAGAACAUGUUGACUGCUCCAUUCUUGGACCUUCUGGGCAUGCGAUCACUGGAGAUCUCAAUGUAUUGAGCAAAUUAAUCUUUUCUUCAGAUGCGCGGUAUAUCAUUGUAGUGGAGAAGGAUGCCAUAUUUCAGAGGCUGGCUGAAGAUCGCAUAUAUAGUCACCUUCCGUGUAUCCUGAUUACUGCAAAAGGAUAUCCUGAUCUUGCCACAAGGUUUAUCUUGCAUCGACUGAGCCAGACUUAUCCGAACAUGCCGAUUUUCGCAUUAGUAGACUGGAACCCAGCAGGGCUUGCUAUACUAUGCACUUACAAGUAUGGAAGCAUUUCAAUGGGUUUGGAAUCAUACAGAUAUGCUUGCAAUGUAAAAUGGCUUGGCCUAAGAGGAGAUGAUCUGCAGCUUAUACCUCAGAGCGCAUAUCAAGAACUGAAGCCACGUGAUCUGCAGAUUGCCAAAAGCUUGCUGUCAUCUAAGUUUCUGCAGGACAAGCACAGAGCUGAGCUGACACUGAUGUUGGAGACAGGCAAGCGUGCCGAGAUCGAAGCUCUCUACUCACAUGGGUUUGAUUUCCUGGGGAAAUAUGUUGCAAGGAAGAUUGUACAGGGUGAUUACAUUUGACAGUGCAUUGCUGCCUGCCUCAUGGUUUCUCUGGUUUUACUGAGAACUGAAAUUUUGAGCUGAUUCCAUCAGCCCUGGCCCUGUCCAGUUUUCUUCAAAAAUGACUUGUAUCUUUGAAGAAUGUUGCUGUUGUUACUGCACGUCCCCUGCGUGAGUAUGCUGUAUGCAGAAUACUUGAAAUUAUUACACCAUCUGAAGGUGAAGGAGAAAUCUGAACCUUGACAUACACAAAAGGAUACUGCUAUACAUCCCCAGAAUGUCAGUAGUAAACUGCUCAGCUGUGGACUACUGGAUGUAAAUUGUAGUCUAGCAGUUGCAUAUAUCUCCUCCUUUUUACCUCCUUUAUUAAACAAAGAUCAAACGGUCUUUAGUGUGUUAACACAUGGAAUAUUGUCGGAUUUACUGCAGUUCUAAGGUGCUGUUUGAUUCACUUCCACAAUACAUUAGGCAAGUUUGAUCAAGUAAGGCUUCCGUUUGGUUCA